AUGGCAGCUGCGGUCCAGUACCCGACCCCGUACCCCGCGUACACCGAGCAGUAUGUGGAUGGCACCACAUCGGCAAACGUCUACGGUGCCGUCCAGCCGCAGACCAUGGCGUGCUGGGCUGGCGCCGCCGCGGCCGGCAACACCCCGCUGUUCACACCUCCCAUAUACCCGUCCAUGGAGCAGGUUUACAAGGCUCAGCAAUCGGCUGGCUUUGAGCAGAUGAACACGAUGCAGAACGGAGGCCUCGAUGGCGCUGUCCAGAGCGGAGUGCCAUCUACUUCCGCCUCCUAUGCUUCUCUCCCUGCCUGCUCCCCCGAGCAGAACACUUUUUUGCCUCCAGUCCACCACCAGGUCGGAACUGCUGACGCCUACACGAUGAACACCAUCAAGGGCAAUAGCCUCAUGACGCCAAACACCAACGUCGUUGGUGGACCAGACGCUUCCAUGCAGACUUUCCAGCACCAUUUCGGCCAAGAGCUGUCAUUUUACCAAGGCAUCGAGGGCUCUGCGAUGCCUCAAGGCUUCCACGCUGCUCUUGCAGCACAGAACCAGAUGACGCUACCGGCAUCGUUUGCCCAGGAGCCCGUUCGCAAGGCCGUGAAGAAGGCCCUUCCUCCCCCUCCUCCGGCGCCGCAAAUGGAAACGCCUCCGCCUCAGCCGCCCGCCCCCAAGGUUCAGAUGAAGAAAAGGAGACUCUUCUGCUGCUAA